AUGGAGUUUUCCGGCGAGCUGGACGCCUCUUUGGUCCGUAACGAUCCGAUGGAAUAUCAUAUUGACAAUGAUCUGGGAGCUCAUUUGGGAAAAAUUACGACGUAUUAUAACUUUUCCAGUUAUGCGACUAUUAUUGAUUCGUUAUUACUCCGGCUGCUUAAAUCAGUCGAUGGCGAUCAGCUUUUUUUUGCUAUGGGGGACAGGAAGGUAUCGAGAUUCUCGAUCCUUGAAUUUGCCCUCAUUACAGGCUUGAGAUAUAUAGAAGAAGAAGAAGCGAGAGCCCGUAUUAUACCAAAUAAAAGGUUAUUAGAUUUAUAUUUUGGAGGUAAAGGGCCGGUUACACCACCACAGUUAGAGGACGCAUUUAGGAAAUGCGAUCACAUGUUAGACAAGUUUAAGCUAGGAUUGGUGUAUAUAUUGGAAAGUAUAUUAAGGUGUCGACAUCGUAGGAUAUCGAUUGACCUCUUUUCAUUAGAUGUUGUUGAUGAUAUCGAUGCUUUCAAUAGCUUUCUAUGGGAUCGAAGAUGUUACUCCGAUACUCUCCACGUAUUCAGGAGGGUACAUACUAUGCCAAAAUCGGAGAGGGGCGACUGCAAAUAUGAUGUAUAUGGCUUUUGCAUGACUUUGCAGUUGUGGGCAUAUGAAGCUAUCCCUGCUUUGGGUAGCAAAUGGGCUAUCAGAAGGGAGACUAGCUACCUACGAAUGCUUCAUUGGCGAGCACAUUAG